AUGUAUUCUUAUCAGAAGACACAACAUGAACCGUUACAAAAUGAACUCAUUGUGAUACAAUAUCCAGGCAUAAUUAAGAAUGUUGAUCGCGCACUGGAAACACUUGGAGGUUUGCCAAAAAUCUCGCAGCGUCUAAGCUUUGUAUUGUUGCUAUCCAUUGCGUUCGUAGUGCGACAUCUUCCAACACUCCAGAAUCACUUCUGCGGUCAUGCUCUGGAGCUUCGACACACACCAGAGAAUCCCUACACUAGUGCCUCAGUCUCAGAAAAGAAAGUGGAUGCUGUAGUGACCUCUGGCACUCUUCGCGUGAUAAUGCAGAUUCGGCGGAAGAAAAAGAAACCGAGUGUGAUUGAAACAAAAUUUCUAGGCCUGGUUAAUUAUGUCUACACUUUCGACACGAUGUGCGAUUUUCAAUAUCUGCCGUUGAAGAAACGACAAGACAAGGACGAAUUUGACGAUCUAAUACCUCGUCUCAUACCUCAAGAUCUUCCGGGAGCGUGGGACAGACCUGAUGCUCAUCCUGGAUACACGCCGCUCUAUCUUCCUCCGUAUCAGUUUAGCCGUUACAAUACGCCGUCGAAUAAGCUUCUUUGUCGCGACACUGAUUUCGCAUUGGAGAAAAGUAGGCGAAAAACAGGGCAUGGACAAAAUUUGCGACUGCACAGAAAAGCGCUUUCGGUAACAGUGCAAGCAAAUGACAUAUUCCCAGAUGCGCCAACACCGGAGGCGGUGGCGGAUGCAGAUUUCAGAUGCAAGAACGAAGAACCACAUAAAAUGAUAGCAGCUCUGUAUCGGGAACGACCCAUGUGGACGAGAGUCGCCAUAGCAUACAAGACAGGGCUUGAAUAUACUUUGUUAAAAACGCUACUGCAAAAAUACGCAUUUUACAUUCAGUCAGGCCCUUGGGGUAGGCUGUGGUGCAAAUUCGGUUACGAUCCACGGAAAGACCCUGAAGCAAAAAAUUACCAAACGCUGAUGGUGUCCUUUAGGCAGCACACCAGAAUUCCAGAAAGGCAGCGUCUGAAGGUGUCAUCAGAUCGCGGUUAUCAGUCGGAUGCUUCGGCUAUUGUACAUUACACAUAUCAACAAGGUGCCUAUUACGCUCAGAUAAACGCAUUGUUAUCGGCGACAUACCUGGCCUCUACAAGCUGCUCUUUGCCGCAUUACUUCGCAAACUAA